CGUUCUUCAUUUCACAGGUUGACAAAACGAAGUAUUCCACAUUUUACUUCGUGCUGUUGCAAUGUUGAUGAUUUACAGCAUAUGUUACGAUAUUUAGGUCAUCAUAGAUUAGUACAUGAGACUUGACUUGAUUAAAACAAAUCAUCUGCGUCAACAGGAGAAGCUGAUUCUUUGGAAGAAAGAUUUUCAUGUACAAUUUUAAAGUUUGGUGUAGCAAAAGAGGGACAAGAAAAGAACGAUGAUGUAGCAAUAGAGAAAAUGGAGAACAUAUUUGUCAGAGUGAAAACUGAACAACCUGGUGAUGUACCACAAGAUGAGAUUAUUUCUAAGUUCAGUGACAACAAUGAUGAUGAUCUGGAUAGUUCCAGUUACAGAGUUUUGAAUGUAAAAACAGAAACUGAAUUUGAAGAAGAUUUACAACAAAUUGAAUCUAGGUUAGAAAGUGCCUCUGUGAUGUGAUGGAUAUAAAAAUAAAAACAGAUAUAAAGACUAGUGUUAACAACUGUUGUGGAAGUCAAUUUCCUGGUUAUCAAGUUUUAAGGCAAGAAGAUUCCUUUACAGAAGUUGUCAAAUCUCCAAAACCAAACGAUGUGUAUGGAAAAAUAAGUUUAAAUACAAAUAAGCUAAAACAAACUAAUAUACCUCAGAGUGAUGACAAACCAUAUAGUUGUAUAAUUUGUGGACUAAAUUUUGCAACUGUAGAUAACCUGAAACAACAUAAGAGGACCCACACCACAGAGAAAUCAUAUAGUUGUGUAGUGUGUGGAAAAGAAUUUGGAUUAGUAGGUAACCUAAAACAACAUGAGAGGAUACAUACUGGAGAGAAACCUUAUAGUUGUGUAGUGUGUGGAAGAGAGUUUGGAACAGUGGAUAAUCUAAAACAACAUAAGAGGAUACACACAGGAGAGAAACCAUUUAUUUGUGUAGUAUGUGGAAAGCAGUUUGGAACAAAUAGUAACUUAAAAAUACAUCAAAGAAUACACACUGGGGAAAAACCAUACAGUUGUGCAGUUUGUGGAAAACAAUUUCGAACGAGUAGUACAUUGAAAAUACAUCAAAGAACACACACGGGGGAUAAACCUUACAAUUGUGUAGUUUGUGGGAAAUGCUUUAGAACAAACAGUGAAUUAAAAAUGCAUCAAAGAAUACACACUGGAGAGAAACCAUAUAAUUGUGAAGUGUGUGGAAAAGAAUUUGGAAUAGUGGGUAACCUAAAACAACAUGAGAGGACACACACUGCAGAUAAACCAUAUAGUUGUGUAGUGUGUGGAAAAGAAAUUGGAACACUGGGUAACCUAAAACAACAUGAGAGGACACACACUGCAGAGAAACCGUUUAUUUGUGUAGUUUGUGGAAAAGGAUUUGGAACAGUGGGUAACCUAAAACAACAUGAGAGGAUACACACUGGCGAUAAACCUUACAGCUGUGCCAUUUGUGGUAAACACUUUCGAACAAAUAGUGAAUUAAAAAUCCAUCAAAGAAUACACACUGGGGAGAAACCAUUCAUUUGUGCAGUUUGUGGAAAACAAUUUCAAACAAAUAGCUCUUUAAAAAAGCAUCAAACAACACACACUGGGGAGAAACCUUACAGUUGUAUAGUGUGUGGAAAACACUUUGGAAGAAAUAAUGAAUUAAAACUACACCAGAGAAUACACACUGGGGAGAAACCUUACACUUGUGCAAUUUGUGGAAAACAGUUUCUUAGAAAUAGUAAAUUAAAAUUACAUCAAAGAACACAUACUGGGGAGAAACCUUACAGUUGUGCAUUUUGUGGAAAACAAUUUCAAACAAAUGGCCAAUUAAAAAUACAUCAAAGAACACACACUGGGGAGAAACCUUACAGUUGUAUUGUGUGUGGAAAACAGUUUGUAACAAAUGGUGAUUUAAAAGUGCAUCAGAGAAUACACACUGGGGAAAAACCUUACAGUUGUGCAGUUUGUGGAGAACAAUUUGCAACAAAUAGUAAAUUAAAAAUACAUCAAAGAAUACACACUGGAGAGAAACCUUACUGUUGUUCAGUUUGUGGAAAAGACUUUGGAACAAAUAGUAAAUUAAAAGUACAUCAAAGGAUACAUACUGGGGAGAAACCUUACAGUUGUGCAUUUUGUGGAAAACAGUUUGGAAGUAACUCUUACUUAAAAAUACAUCAAAGAAUACAUACUAGGUAGAAACCAUACUGUUGUGCAGUUUAUGUAAAAACUUUUUGGAACAACUAGUUCCUUAAAACACAUCAGAAAAUACACUCCACGGAGAAGUCAUAUAGUUGUUCUGUGUGUGUGUGACAAACAAUUUGUAACAAACUGCAAAUUUAAAAGCCAUUAGAAAAUACAUACUGUUGAGAAAUUUUAAACAUAAACUUCACACUAUGUGGAAACUGUAAUAAAUUAUAACUUAAAAAUGCACAAAAAGAAUAGGCUAGUCCUAUAUCUAGAAAAGAGUCAUGGUAAAUUGUUGUUAAGACACUUUGACGUAGAAUAUGUCAUACAGUAGUUUAUAUAACGUAGACCAAAUGAAACUGAACAUUUUGUAAAUGACUGGUACUUGAGUAAGGGAGCACUAUUCACAACACCUCACAAGUGCAUGAUAUAAUUAUGGAGUAAUACUAAAUUAAUAGUUAGGGGUAAUUAAAUGAACAUCAUAUUUCUCUUAUUUUUUCAGAUUUGGAAAAAUACUCAGAAUACAGUACUCUAAGAUUUUCAACACAAAUUCUGAUUCUACAAGUUACACAACACAAAAUGUUCUUAGAGGUCCAAUCUCAUGGGUGGUAUAAUAGAAUGACCCAAUCUCAUUAAUGGUGCUAAUGGUUCUUGACUAAUGUUCUCAUCAAGAGGUUUGGGAGUAAAAGGUACAGUGGUCCAGAUGUUGGCAGAUGUUCAGGUACAACAAUGUAAUCCCACUUGGUGACCAUUCCUUGAUCAGUAGGUGUUUGAAGAUUUAGUUGUGAUUACAUCAUUGUAGGAUUAUCUUCAGACAAAUCCUUUUCACUGAGAUGAAUAUGAAGAUGAUCAUUGUGAUGUCUCACCAUACAGUUAUCAUAAAAUCUAACCUUGUACGAUAAGGGUCCAGCAUGAAUAAUCUCGUCAGACAACUAGACAGUUCCUUGUUCAAAGUUCUUCACGUGGACUGUGUCUCUGAUGUAUAACUAUCUGGCUCUAGCAUGAAGGCCAUGUGACUGUUUCUAUCUAGAUUGUUCUCUGAGUAUCUUGGACUCUACUUUGGGGUGCAAUCAGUCCAAGUAAGACUGAAUCUUCUGCUUCAGUAGAAGUUCCACAGGUGAUACUCCUUUAGUGCUUUGAGGAGUUAUCUGAUAUCUUGCUAGAAAUCAGUAGAGUUUGGUUUCAAGAGUUUCACCUUCCAUCUUCUUGAUACUAUUCAUGGUUGUUUGAACAGCACAUUCAGCGAGACCAUUAGUUGCAGGGUGGUAUUUACUAGCACAGAUAUGUUUAACUCCAUUGUUCUUCAUGAUUGCUUUAAAUUCUAAGCUGGUGAAACUACUGCCAUUGUUUGAUACAAGAGACAUUGGAAGUCCAUGUGUAGCAAAUAGUUGCAUACGUUUCUCAAUAGUUACAGAUGAUGAUGUGCUUGAAACAAUAGAAGUGUCAAUCCACUUUCAAUGAGCAUCAAUCAUGACCAGAAUCAUCUUGCCCAUGAAUGGUCCUAGAUGAUCGCAUGGUGUGGAAGGCCAUUCCCAUGGAUGCAGUGGACUUUCAGGUGAUGGUUUCCUUACAGAUUGACAGGUUGAAUACUCAUGCACUAUUAACUUGAUGUCUUCAUUCGGAUGUGGCCACCAGACAAAUGAUCUAAUCAGUGCCUUCAUCUGGACGAUUCCAGAGUGAGUAUCAUGUAAGUCUUCCAACACAUGUUGUUAACCUUGAUUUGGUAUAAUCAGAUGACUUCUGCAGAGUACACUUCCAGCCUCAUCUUAGCUUAUUUUUUUGACUAGCAUAAGGUAUCAAAUCUUGAUUCACUACACCUCCUUCACCAUCCAUCAUGGGUGAACUCAUACACUUCCAACAGAACUGGAUUCCUUUGAGUCCAGAUUUUUACCAUAUCCACAGUGACAGUAGGGUAGAAUCCCAAGACUUCAAAAGUAAUCUACUCAUAGCACUCACAUUUCCAUGAUCUUUACGAGCUUUGAAGACAAUGUGAUAACCAUACACUGACAACAUAAAUGCCCAUCUCUGAAUAUAUGGUGAAGCCAUCUAGUGUACAGCUUUCCCUUCAUUGAACAAGGUGAGUAGAGGUUUAUGACCAGUCAUUAUGCUUAAUCUUCUCCUUUAGAGAUAUUGCUGAAAUUGUUUUAUGCCAUGCACUAUAGCAAGUGCUUCUUUAUCCAGUUGUAAAUACUACACUUCAGUGGAUGACAGUGUUCUGGAUGUGAAUCCGAUUGGAUGUUCUUUAUCAUCAUUCAUGAUCUGGGAUAGAACUAAUCCAACACCAUAAGGUGAGGCAUCACAAACCAAUAUUAAUUCCUUGGAUGUGUGAAAGUGAACAAGAACAGGUGAUGAACUCAACAUUUCCUUGGAUUUUGGGAAUGCCUGAUCUUGAGCCUUUCCCUACUGUUAAACGAUACCAUUCUUGGUAAGAUGAUUUAAAGGAACCAUUAGAGGUGAGAGGUUUGAUAGAAACUACCCAUAAUAGUUCAACAAACCAAAGUAUGAAUGUAACUCAUGAACGGAUAUAGAAACAGGAGCCUCCCUUACAGCUCUCACUUUAUCUUCCAGUUGAUGAAGUCCAGCAGCAUCAGUCUUGUGUUCUAGGUAAGAUAUAGAUGCAGCAUUAAAUGUGCAUUUCUCCUUGAGUUUGAUGCCAGUAUUACACAAAAGCUGAAGAACCAAUUUUAGAGUACUCAGUUGUUCAUCAUCAGAAGGUUCUAUUACCAAAAUAUCAUCCAAGUAACAGCAGACACCAGAAAUAUCACUUGUUAGAUUAUCCAUUAAUCUCUGGAAAAUGCCAGGUGAUGAAGAGACCCCAAAUGAAAGCCUGCUAUACAGGUACAGAUCUUGGUGGAUAUUUAUUGUUGUAUACUUUUUUGAUGAUUCAUCCAGAACUAACUGUAGGUAAGCAUUACUCAGAUCUAUCUUUGUGAAGGUUUCACCUUCAGCAAGUCAGAAUUAUAGGUCUUCAACAUUCAGUAUGUAGAAUGUAUUAGUCUUAAAUAUAGCAUUGAUGAUUGUAUGAAAAUCACCACAUAUCUAUACUUGAUUCCAUCAUGUUUAAGGACUGGUACUAUAGGUGCUGCCCACUCAGAGUGAUAUACUUUCUCAAUUAUGCCCUAACGUUCCAGUCUCAAGUUCCGAUGCAACUUUACUCUGUCACAUAAGGCAUAAUGCACAGGCCUCAGCUUCAGAAAACAUGGAGUGGUAUCAGGAUCUACCUGUAGCUGAGCCUGAGUACCUUAAAUGCAUCCUAAUUCAUCCUUGAAGACAUCUGAGAACUGCUGUAACAGCUUCACUAAAUUUUGAGAUUUGAUACUCUCAGAAGAUUCACCUCCUUUAGACUUGACAACAUGAACUUGAUGAAUCUUAGGCCAGCCUAGCUGGAUUUGUGACAUCCAGUUUCUUCUGAACAGACUCGGUCUACUAUCAGACAUGACUCACAGAUUUUACUAUUUUCACGUAAUGGAAUGAGAGUCAGUGUAAGCUGGUCAUUUUUCCACAAACAGUCGAAAGAGAUCUCACUUAUGAAUGAAGAAUAUGCUCAAUUGUUGAUCUCCAUAACUAUUGAGGAUCCAUUCAGCUGAAGUUCCAUUGUAUAAGGAAGAGUAGAUGUACAACCUCCCGGGACUUGAUACAGAGCAUAGGCUGAUUCAGAAUGACUAUCAGGACCAUCUGAUGAAGAUAUGGUGGUGUUCAUCCAUGCAAUAAGCUUUGUGACCAAAUUUCUUCACAGGUUGAGAUGGUGUCUGAUAUUCUUUGUUCUCACGAGCAAGACAAGCACAUGGCAUUCUUGUGUAGACAUGCAGAUGGGUUUCUCUUGCUUCACCUUGAUAAAUUUCUUUGUCUUAUGUUGCAUAUGAUGUACAACAGAUGUAGUUGAAUUUGUGUCACUACUAAUACUGCAAGCUUGGACAUACUGAGUUGUAGCCUCAAGAGUCUGAGCUGUACUAACUGCUUUAGCAUAUGUAUAGUUAGCUUCCUGAAUAAGUUCCACAAGUCUGUUCAUCAUGUGUGGGAUCCCUUGCAUCCACUGACAAAUUAUCUCAAAGCAUAUUUUCCAACUGAUCCCCAAAUUCACAAUCCUUUGUAAUAUAUUUCAACUAAGCAACAUAGUUUUUGAACACAAGAGUUGAAUGCAAAUCUUCUUGAACAGGAUGAUGGUUUAGGAUUAUAAUGUCCUUAAAAGUUUUUACAUUGUCAGCAAAUGAAGUUUCUCCUGGUUUAUCAGGACUGAUCAAAUUUCUCAACAAUUUAUAAGUAUCACUUUCACACAAACUCAAGAAUAUUGCUUUCUUCUUGGCUUCAUCUGUAAUGUCAUUGGCUAUGAAAUAAAAUUCCAUUUGUUCCACAUAACUUGAGAAAUCUCCAGAGUCCUUCUGGUAUUAACCAGUGUGUCUAUAAAGUGCCAUGAUAAUUUAUGAUAGUUCCUCUCCAAUGUACAAAAAGAAUGCUCCCUAAGAAAUUGAACAGUUCAGCUGCGACAUCACUUUUCCAGGAAUUCACUCUGUGUGCGAGGUUCAUACAGUCAGUGAGUGGCAAUCCAGCAAAAGUUUCUAACACAACAAAGAGUAGAAACAUGCAACAAAACCAUCCACAAAUAGUUUGUGCUUCGAUAGUUAAGCCUUAUCUCUAAUUAGAUGAUGUUUGUGUAUGAUCCAAAUAAAUGUCACAAUCACACAAUAAAAUAUUCGGGUUGAAAAACGUGUGUAUUCUGCCAUAAGGAGAAACUCAAAACCUCCUACUCACAACACCUUGUGAGUACAUGAACUAAUUAGGGAGUAAUACUAAAUUAAUAGUUAGGGGGUUAAUUAUAUGAACAUCAUAAUAUUAUGCUAAUAUAAUAAUAAAUUAGCAAACAAAGAUUUAUAAGCAUAUAAAAUUAUUUAU